AUGUGGAUAUUAUCCUCCGAUGGUGAUUUCCUCCGUGGCAAACGAGUAUGGCUGAAGCCCGGGAAGCAAUAUCUAUUUGGCCGAGUGAAAAAGAACGGAGUGCACCAUGCAAUCGACAACGUAACUAUCUCGCGACAACAUUUGGUUAUUGAAGUCGGACAGGUAAAGCCGGGGGAUGGAUUACAUGUCCACGCAAAAUCGCGGCUCAAAGUUACCGACCAGAAGACAAAGUGUGGAACUAUAAUCGAUGGAGAGCCGAUCAAGGGCUUGAGCAAGGAGCUCAACAAGGACGAACACGUCAUCCAGAUUGGCAAAUAUCCACACCCUCUAAGGAUCAAGUGGCACCCUGUCGUUCUGAGCUUCUCACUUCCGUCAAAAACGAAUGAUCCAAUCAGCCAAGCUCGCUCUAGCCUGGAAGAACUCGAUAUUAAAACCGUAGUCCCUUAUGUUGUUGGCAAGACAACCCACGUUGUUCAAAACAAACGCAAUACUUCAAAAGGGCUUCAGGCAUUAAUUAAUGGAAGACAUAUCGUACAAAAAUCGUACAUUGAGGCCAUUGUAUACGCGGCGGCACCUGGCGACCUUGAGAGCGAAGAAGCACUUUGUCCUCUAGAGGAGGAUUUUGAUGCCUUUUGGCCGGAUCCAACACAGUACCUACCCCCUCGGGGCAAGGAACCUUCCCGGAGAUUUGAUGAUUUACAGGGCCCGAUUACGAACGGCCAUGGAAAAGCUUUGCUCUACGAGAUUGAACGUGGAAGAACCACUGCGGAGGAUAUAGUUAAUUAUAUGAAACAAGUUGCGGGUAACAAGGGUUUAGGAAAUUUCGACGGCAGUGGGGGUGUUAUCCUCGUGCAGUUUCGAAAGGCGGACGAGCAUUGCGAUUGGGAUAUAGAAAUCGAAAGCAGGGUCGCCUCACUAACAGGUCAGAAGAUUGUUGAAACAAUGCCGAUGGAGGAUGAUGAACCCAGGAGGAUGGGGUUACAUAACACAAAGGCUGCCAGCCACUCAUCGAAACGAUCUCGUACGCGGACAUAUGUUAGCAAGUUCAAGACAUUCGAUGACGGAUUCGACAUGGAUUCUAUUCCGAUGUAUACUCUGGAGCAUGGUAGCGGAUCGGAAGAAACUUCUCAAGCUCGGAUUCCUGACUCCUUACUUGGCCAAUCUCAGACAAGUAUACACUUGUCUGAAGGCGAGCAUAUUGUCUCAGAACUCUUGCCAGGCGCUGCAGCGAUGAAGAUACGCCUUGCAAAAGGCCGAAAACGAGCCAAAUCUACCCCUCCACCUGAAGCCUCGCAGAAACCAAAGAGGGUAAGGUUGAAUGUAAUGGAAGCGGCCCGGCAACGUGUCCUGGCUGUUGAUGAAGAAGCCAUGCAGCAGCGAGAACAAGAGGUUGCACCCUUUUGUGUGAUGACGGAAGGAGUUGAGGUCGGACAAUUGCGGAACCUUGCAAUUGUUGAAGAGAUGGUGAUGCCGGCCAUAUCUCGCGAACAGGUAGAUCCAACCCACGGCGUCACGUAUGAUGAGCGCUGGAGUGGACGAAACAACUUUAAAAAGUUUCGGAGGAAGGGACAUGGCUGUCCAAUUCCGCAUACUGUUCAACCUGUUAUCGUUCCGUUGGAAGAAGUUAAGAGGAAGGACUCUGGCCUUGGCGAGACGUGCUGGAGGACAAGGCAGCCGAAGUCCGCAUGUCAGACUUCCAAUGAUCGGACCAAGGAGACUCCAAGUACUUCACACCCCAUUGUUCUGCGAAACAGAUCUCUCACUCCACCUUCAAGGAUUGGGGGGUCUGAUAGUGAAGAUGGGUUGAGAUUCCGCUUUCGAAUAAGGAAAGGAAAAUGA